AUGUCGUUGAACUUGAUCUUGAAGUCCUCUCGUCCGUGCUACGUUACGACGUUCGCGAUGGUGCGUGGUUCAAGUGCGCGGUUUGAUUUUGCAUGCACCGUGUGCGGCAAGAAAAUUUACGUCGCCGGCGGACAAUGCGCAUUGGGUAGCGCGAGGGGGAUAUCGUCGGCGGAGGUGUACGACCCGGUGCUGGAAACGUGGGAAGCUCUGCCGAACAUGAGCACGUUGAGGUACAAAUGUGUCGGGGUGACAUGGCAAGGGAGAGUCCACGUGGUGGGAGGGUUUGCGGGGAGAGGAGAUUCGUGGGACACGAAGGAACGGAGUUCGGCUGAGAUGUACGACCCAGAUGGUGCCAGGUGGAAAGUGAUUGUGAGGAUGUGGCAACUCGAUGUGCCACCCAAUCAAAUUGUAGGGGUUGGUGGGAAGCUAUUUAGCUCCGGGAAUUGCCUGAAUUCUUGGAAGGGUCAUAUUGAGGCGUACGAUGAGGAGCUGAGCAUAUGGAAAGUUGUCGAAGGAUCAACAAACAUGUCGUUUCCGAUUUCGACGCCCACAAAUGAGCAGCGGCUUUACCUUACAAUGGCACCAAUUGGGACCGACCUUUACUUCAUGGGAGGCUAUCGAAUGCCUGCAGAGGGGGACGUGUCGAGAAUCAAGUCGGUUGUUCACGUUUUCAAGACGACGUCGAAUGGGGGUAAAUGGAGGAGCUUUGAGCCAAUAGUAGAGGUAGAGGAAAAAGAGCUUUGUAGCCACGGCUGUGUUGUUGGUUAG